AUGAUGCAUCACUUCAGCGUCGUUCUCACCCUCCUGGCUGCGUUCCUGCUCGGCUCCGCUAUAGCCCAGCAGACAUCACCGGCAGCAGCCGCCGCCACCUCAAGCACCAGCUCGUCCUCGUCUUCGUGCGAUGCAGAGAAGUGCGUGAUAUUUCUAGUCCUACCCCCCUACCCCUACACUAUCAUCACUCGAGGAGUGAAGAGAAUACUGACCAAAAAAACCACCAGCAUCGUGCAAGCCUGUCUCGCCUCCAUGAACCCACAGCUUACAGCCUGCGCCCCAAAUGAAUGGAAGUGUCUCUGCGAGCAGAGCAACAAUGUCCUAACGUGCUACAACAACUGCCCCGGCCAUCCGGACCGCUUCGGCGCAGCCCAGACUAAGGAAUCAUACUGUAACGCGGCGAGCGCGUACUCGAGCCUCAGCUCGUCGUCGACUGUCAGCCGCACGUCCUCGUCCACGUCUACGACAGCGACGGCUGCGGCGUCGACGACGACCAAGGACUCUGAGGCGACGACGACUUCGUCGGGCUUCACGGCGAAUCAGUCCAAGGGGGCUGCGGCGGGGUUGGUGGUUGAGGGAGGGGGUGUGUUGGCUGCUGUGGUGGCUGGGUUGGUGAUGCUGUAG